GACAUGUUAGUAGCUAAAUAGUGAGGUGCGAUGUGCGAAAGAAGAAUAUGAGAGAAAAAGAUGGAGGAGGUAGAGAGACUGUGGAACGAAGUGAGAGAGCUAAGCUUAGGCAACAACAGCAAAGUGGAAAGACUGCAAACCCCACCAACCGCACUUCAAUUCCUCAGAGAUUUCGUUAACCCAAACAAACCAUGCAUCAUCUCUAACGCUAUCAACCACUGGCCUGCACUCUCCCUUUGGGCCCAGGCCCAACCCAAUCAGGCCCAACAUUCCUACCUCUCCCGCUCCCUCUCCUCCUUCACCGUCUCCCUCCACCUCACCCCCUCCGGCCGCGCCGACGCCCUCGCCCCUCUCCCCUCCUCUCCUUCCUCCCUCUGCUUCGCCUCCGCUCACGUGCAGCGCACGCCCUUCCCCGACGCCCUCCGCCUCAUCGCCUCCCCCGAUCACAACCCCGCCGUCGUCGCCUACGCCCAGCAGCAGAACGACUGCUUCCGCUCCGAGUACUCUGCCCUCGCCGCCGAUUGCGACCCUCACAUCGAUUGGGCCACGGAGGCUUUCGGCGGCGCUUUGCCUGAAGCUGUGAACCUCUGGAUUGGUAACCAGCGUUCUCACACUUCAUUCCACAAGGAUCACUACGAGAAUCUGUAUGCCGUUGUCUCGGGAGAGAAGCAUUUCAUUCUGUUGCCUCCCACUGAUGUUCAUAGACUCGACACUGGAGAGUUUGAUUUGGAGCUUGAGGAGCCUAUUAGAUAUGUUCCAUGGUGCAGUGUAGACCCUUUUCCUCCUCCUGAGAAACUCCAUGAGGAGAUGUCUAAGUUCCCCUUGUACUUCAAUGGCCCUAAGCCAUUUGAGUGUACAGUGAAGGCUGGGGAGAUUCUCUACUUGCCAAGUAUGUGGUUUCAUCAUGUUAGGCAGAGUUCAGGUGAUGGAGGAUGCACUAUUGCAGUAAACUAUUGGUAUGAUAUGCAAUUUGACAUUAAGUAUGCAUAUUUCAAUUUCUUACAAUCUAUCCAUUACCGAUCUCCAAGUCUACUGUUGCCUGAGAAAUUUCCCGAGGAGACAGAUUCAGAUCCUCAUGGCUUAUGACACUGAUGAAAAUAGUUGUUCCUUAGCCAGUGUUCUUUGGGAAAAUGCAAGAGAUUCGGAAGUCGAGGAUCAAUUUCGUAGAACAACUUCAUGGAAACAUUUCGGGGAAGCAUUGAUUGAUUCCCAAAACAAGCAACUAACUCUUGGAAGCUGGAACUCUUUUUUAAGAUUUUUGACAUCUCUACCUGAUACAUGGCUAGUGCCAACACAACUUUGUUUUGUCCUUCAAUUGUGAUAUCAGUUUUUGCUGUAAUAAUUUCAUUUUCGCUAUUUCUGGUGAUGCUGAUGAGAAUAUGAGAUAGACUGAAUAGUUCAGUUCAGCAAUUUUCUCCUAAAACAAGCGUAUUCCUUUUUAUUAUAGUUGUAAUAUUGUCACAUUUUUCGCACAUUUUAUUCCCUUCCUAAUCUGUGUUGUGUUCUACAAUGUG